AUGCCUUACGAUCCUACUUCUCUUUCUAACCUUGACGAAGUCAAGACCAGCCACAUUCACCUCAACCUGGCUGUUGACUUUACCCAAAAGAUCUUGACUGGCUCAGCUGAGCUCGAUAUUGUAGCUAUUGCCGACAAUGUCUCCAAGAUCGUUCUAGAUACCAGCUUCAUUGCAAUUCACUCUGUCAAAGCUGAUGACAAGGCUCUAAAGUAUAAUCUGGAGAAGCGCCACGAGAAGUAUGGUUCUGCCUUAGUCAUUGAACUUGAACAAGCCCUUUCUAAAGAUAAAAUGGUCAAACUUGUGAUUGAGUACGCGACAACAUCGGAGUGCACAGCGUGUCAAUGGCUGGAGCCUAGCCAGACGGUUGGAGGCAAGCAUCCUUACCUUUUCACUCAAUGCCAAGCUAUUCACGCCCGCUCCUUGGUCCCAUGUCAGGACAGCCCCUCGAUUAAGCUGACGUACAGUGCCAACAUUAAUGCUCCUUUGCGUGCGGUCAUGUCUGCUGUCCCCAUUGGUGAGGAGAAGCAGUCAAAUGGAACAACAACCUACAAGUUCCAGCAAAAGACUCGUAUGCCUUCAUAUUUGAUUGCUCUUGCAGUUGGAAACUUGGAAGGUCGGGAUAUUGGCCCUCGUUCGACUGUAUGGACUGAACCCGAGGUGAUUGAGGCUGCUGCAUGGGAAUUUGUGGACACGGAGACGUUCAUUCGCACAGGGGAGGAGCUGUUGACGCCCUAUGAUUGGGGCCGUUAUGAUCUCUUGGUCCUGCCUGCAUCAUUCCCGUAUGGUGGUAUGGAAAACCCUUGCUUAACCUUUGUCACGCCCUCACUCUUGGCUGGAGAUCGUUCUUUGGUCGAUGUAGUCGCACAUGAAAUUUCUCACAGCUGGAUGGGCAACCUCGUCACAACCGAAAACUGGGAACACUUUUGGUUGAAUGAGGGAUUCACUGUAUUUGUGGAGCGCAAGAUCCUCGGUCGCAUGCAAGGCAAGGUGCACAGUGAAUUUAGCGCUAUCAUUGGCUAUAAAGCGCUAGUAGAGAGUGUUGAGCUUUAUGGCAAGGAUCACCCAUUCACUGCCCUUCGCCCAUGUCUUCGUGGCGAGGAUCCUGAUGAUGCUUUCUCAUCUGUUCCCUAUGAGAAGGGAUUCAAUUUGCUUUACUAUCUUGAAAAGCACUUGGGCGGUGCUGAGGUCUUUGAGCCUUAUUUGAGGGCACACGUUCAGGAGUUUGCUGGUCGCUCAAUCAAUACGGAUGACUGGAAGAAUUUCCUCUAUUCCUUUAUGGAGAAGAACUUUGGGCAGGAAAAGGUCGAUCUCUUGAACAAGGUCGAUUGGGAUGCAUGGCUCACCGGAACAGGCAUGCCUCCUGUUGACAACAAGUUUGAUGAUACUCUUGCCAAGGAAUGCAAUUGCCUUUGCAAGAAAUGGGAUCAGUCGCGUAAUGUCCCAAAGCCCACAGAGUUCUCGCCCAAAGACAUUGAGGGUUUCUCUUCUACCCAAACAGUUGUCUUCUUAGAGCGCGUGUCUGAGAUUGAGCCCCUUCCUCACUCUCACUUGGCUCUGAUGGAUGAACUUUACAACUUGACUCAAGUUCGUAAUUCAGAGAUCAAAUUCCGUUGGCAGAUGAUUUGCCUCAAAGCUGACUAUGAGAAGAUUUACCCCGAGGUGGUUGCCUUUGCCACAACGAUGGGAAGAAUGAAAUUCUGCCGUCCAUUGUUGCGAUCACUGUAUCUUGCCAAGAAUGGUUCUGAAUUGGCAAGGAAGACGUUUUUGGAGCACAAGUCAUUCUACCAUCCUAUUGCCGCUGCUAUGAUUGCUAAAGACCUCGGUCUUACCAAGUAA